AUGCGCUACUCCUGUGUUCUUUUGCUCCUGGCCACCGUUGCCUGUCUGCUAAUCGCAGAGACAGGUGGCGCCUCGACCACCACGACCACUUCUGCUUCGGCUACCACCACCACUUCCGCCUCGGCCACAACCACCACCGCGUCGGACACAACUACAACCACAGCGGCGACCACAACUACCUCCUCCUCCUCCUCAAAGAAAAAAAAGAAGAAGAGGACGGUCCACUUUACAAGUCAUGUGUAUAAGCCAAGGCGGAUACGACAUUUCCACAGGCACAAGUCCGACGAAGAAAGCUCCACCGAUCGCACCAGCACUCGCAACCGUCGUAGCAGCAGUGGCAGCACCAGUAGCCGCAGCAGCAGUGGCAACAGUCGCAUCCGCCGCAGGAGAGCCCGACGUGCACGGCGCCUGUGAGCAUCUCGUACAACAAUCCAACUGAUCUGAUCCUGGCGUCUUUGAAAACGUAGUUUUUCUUUAUGUUUU